AUGCGAGUCUAUGACGUCAGGGCCUUGUAUGCUAUUGACAUAACAAGGGAGGUGAGUAACGUGGGCCAUGAUAUCUCACACCACACUGGACCCGUGAACCCAAAUCCAAAUCUACAGAGAAUUUAUAGAGAUGGUAGAUGCUGUGGGGUGUGGGUUCACGAGUUUGUGAACUCUAGCUUGCUGUUGGUGAUUCACGAGUUUGCUGAGGUUGUGGUGGGGGAGGAGGCGACGGCGGUCGUGGUGGUGGGAGGAAGAGGCGAUGGAGGCCGGAACAUUCUUGAAUCUGGGUGGAAGUCGGAGCGAAAGUCGGGGGAAGAGGAAGAGGGAUCGCUCGAGCUGGGGAUGAAGAAGAUGGGGUUGAGGAGGAAGAGGCGGCGCCGACGCCGGCUGGUGGUGGUUGAAGCGGUAGUUAAUGGCUUCAUCUGGGGUGGUAAAUCUGUUUCUAGUCAUGAUCUGACGGGUGGGCAUACAACUGCUAUUGGUCUUAUCCCAUUAGGAACUGAAUCUGAUUUCGCCAGAACGCUUGGCUGGUCAGUCAAGGCAUCUCCUGCUGGUUUUCUUUAG